AAUUUCAGCUCAUUCUCUCGGCUUGCCAUAGCCAGAGCCGAGCUCAAACGUGCUUCCACGUAAGCACCUUUUCAAACGAUUGGCUCCUCACACGCUCGGCUCAUAUAAAAUAUGACACGUAGGCACAUUAUGUCCCCACUUCUUUUGUUCCUUCGUGACUAAGCUUAUGUGGGUCCCUGUUGCUUAUGUCACCCUAAAAUCUACUUUCAAAAGCCAAUUAGGGGGCCCUACCCACUAGUGCCACCUGACUCAAAAGUUUUGUCCAAUGACUAAAAUACCCCUAAGUGGAGCCCGACCUACUCCUUAAUCUUGUCAAUAAAUACUACACUCGUGACCUUACUAAAUCCCUUUUCUCCUCCUACCUACCUACCCCCCUCUGUAAGCGAUUUUCCGGCCAUGUUGUCCACUUUUCCGGCCCUUACUCUGCCCGCCGAUGGGCUUUUCCCCCACUUGUUUCCGGCUUUUGAUGGCGGUUUCACUCCGUGGGAGUGUAUCGAGCCGUCUUUUCUAUUUCCACAACAAGUGGAAGAAGAACCGGUUAUUUCUCUAAAAGAAUCACCACCCCCUGAACCGGUUAUAUCCAACUCCGGUUCAGGGUCUGAUGACUCUAAACCGAAUACCGUUCAUUCUAGUUCCGGUUCUGAUGAGCCAAGCCGGAAUAAGAAUAAUGAUAAUAACACGAACUGCUGUCCGGAUAAGAGAAAGCGGAGGAAUACGACUUCGAACCGGGACAUAGAUGAGAGAAAGCGCCGUCGUAUGGUCUCGAACCGGGAAUCAGCCAGGCGGUCCCGCAUGCGAAAGCAAAAGCAUCUGGAGAACCUGCGGAACCAAGCGAACCGGCUUAAAGUUGGGAACCGGGAAUUAACGAACCGGUUUCGGUUGAUGACCCAUCAGUGCCAACUUGUACAGUGUGACAACGAGCGGCUCAGGACCGAAUCCGCCCUCCUUCGGCAAAGACUUGAGGGUAUACGUCAAAUAUUGCUGGCCCGGCAACUUGAGCAGCAAUUUAAUGCUUACUCUGCAUGGACAUGCAAUAAUAUGGAACAAAGACCUCAAUAAUUAAUCACUUGACCUACAUAAUAAAUCAUCACUAAAACCUGCUGCUUCUAAGCAUUAUACAUAAGUAUCUUAUAAGAUGAAUGAAAUGAUCAUUAGAGGACACUCUCUCUCUCUCUCUUGUAAAGUAAAAGUUGCGUCCGUAUAAUUGGGUAAAGAGAUAUGUAGGAGUUUUGAGGUUGCUGGAAACCAAAUGGUGGUUUUCUUUUUAGGCAAAACCAGGCUCAUUAUGGUGUAAAUGACCCGUACAAUGUUUGUCUCUUAUUAGAUAAAUCGAAGUUUAUUUUCCUCUUUGCC